AUGGCCACGGCCUACUAUGAAUUCUAUCGCGGAUCGUCCAUCGGAAUGGCACUGACGGACUCACUCGACGAGCUCAUUACGAGCGGAGCAAUCACGCCUCAGUUGGCUAUGAAAGUACUACAACAGUUCGACAAGUCACUGGCAGACACUAUGGCCAAACUGGUGAAGACGAAGACCUCGCUCAAGGGCCACCUACACACAUAUCGGUUAUGCGACGACGUGUGGACGUUUAUCGUUCAAGAUCCCGUUUUCAAGAUGGAAUCGAACGAAAUGGUGUCUGCACGACGAAUCAAGAUUGUCGCGUGCAAGAACGGGGACGCUAUCGAGGCAGGGAAGAAGUAG